GGAAAAUGUGAUUUGGAAACACACGCAUGGAGUGUGAUCAUGGAAGCAGAGAUUGGAGCGAUGCAGCUGCCAGCUGAGGAGUGCCAAGGGUUGAUGGUCACCAUCGGAAGCUAGAGGGGGCAAGGGGGGCUCUAUCUGGAGUCUCAGAGGGACAGCAGCCUUGAUUUUGGACUUCUUGCCUCCAGUAAGUUGGCAAGAAUUUCCAAGGCAUCUCAUCAACAACUUCUGAUAAAUGAGGAAGUGGAGGCUGAAUUGUAGUUCCACAGCAUCGCGAGCCAGAAGCGGGGUGGGAAUCCAAGUCUUCCGGAUUCCCAGCUCCGUGAUUCGUGCCUGUCACAAAUUUGGGACCAAAAUCCACCUGUCUGUGGGAUUAACAACAGUCGAGGCUAUGAUUGACAUCGUGCCCUACCGAGUGCACAGGUCUGGCCAGCUGGGCGGCUGGACCUGGCUCUCUUGCCUUGGAUCCGUUCAGCCCAUUUUGUGGAUGGAUCAGGUGAAGUGUGGCUCCUGGGGCUGCUGGCUGCUUUCCAGCGUGCGGUUGCCGAGCAUGUGAAUGAGGCUUUCCUGAACCGCAGCUUCCACAGCGCGUGCCGAAGGAACCCUCACAUGGAACCUAAGGGCGCCAGAGGCAGAGCUGGAGGCGUGGUAUUGGUGGAUCCUGGGGAUGCAUGUUGGGGGCUGGGUGGGUGCUGGGAGAGAGGAAAGAACUGGACCCACCUGGAAGACCAGCCAGGUGUGGGUCAGAAGCUAUAAGCGUGAGAGGGCUCGAGGAAUUCUCAUAGUGCUUUCUGGAGCAGGGGAAAAGAGGGCUGGCCAGGAGGCCCCCACGUUUGUCUCCACCAUCCUGCAGUCUUCAUUUUCCCUCCAAAUGGGAGGGUUGCCCGCAGCUGGCCAGCCCGUCGUGGCACAGACUGUGUUUCUCUUCUUUGAGCGCCACACGAAAGACACUCAACAGAUGCCAACAGGCAAGUUGGAAGGUACAAGGGAGUCCCGGGAUUAUUUUUUUGGAGGCGUUUUAAAGGGUAGAUGGCUUCCUUUCUGCUCUGUGCCUGUCCCCAGCUCAGCCCUCCACAGGGGGACCCAGGCCCGUCCCCUUUCCUCCUCCCUUCCUCCCCGCAGCUUGUGUUCAGGGCUCCCUCCCAGAGCGCCUCAGCCCCUCUCCCCCUUUGCACCCAGGCCCAGCUCCAACAGCGCUUCUUUCCUGGAGAGGUCUGUCAACGGGGUGGCCCACCACCUUGCUCCCCAUGUCACCAGCCCUGCCCACCCACCCAGCCUUCCUCAGUCCCAGUCUGCCUGGAUUUCCUUGCAGAGCCAAAAGCUAGAACAAGUCGAGGCUGCUGCUGUUGCCCAACACACACUGUUGUCCCCAGCUCCACCCCAGAACAGCCCAAAUUCCCCAGAUUGCUGUGAAGAGAGUCAGCCUGUGCUCAGAGGCAUUGAGCAAUGCGGAGCCUCUCAGCGUCCCUGCCCCUGCACCCGGCAACAGCCAAGCGGCCUGAGCAUCCGGGGUCAGAUCGGAAGGUGUUUAAGGGAGGAUGGCUCCUUCCUUUUGGGGUGUAGUGGGAAAAUGUUGUUGGUGGGCAAAGGUCCCUCCACAUUACCCAUCCUUGGGGGGAGUCGGUUUCAGUUUGGGUUCAUGAUAUCUGGUUGCUGCUUUGUUUAGGGUGUGGGAGUCAAAGGCUGGAGGGUGGCGUUUUCAGGAUGGUGCGAACCUUUUACCUCUGAGUUGAAGGGAAGAGGGAAGCAGCUGCCCUCGCAGCAGGAAACAGAGUCCGGCCUGGAGCUGACACCUCCAGCUGGCCAGGGAGGAUGUCACCAGGCAGUUGCUAUGUCUUUGAUGUUGGGGCUGCCUUUUCUCCUCUCCCUGACCACCAGACAGCUGGGUGGGCUGAGAAGGAGGCGCCCGGCACACACGUCCGUUUCCUGGAAAGGCGUGGCCGCAAAGGUCACUCCAUGGACUCUGAGCAGGGGCCAUGGGGCCUCCUGAGCCCUUCUGGAUGGAGACCUGGGAUUUGGCCCCACAUUGCAUCCUCAGGCUUUGCUGGAUAUUCCCAGCCCCUCUGAGUGAAUUCCAGGGAGGUGUCCCCUGAAGCAGGAGUCCCGCCCCCAUGACAUGCUUGUCAAUUCACCACAAACCCAAGUCCAGGUGACCCAGGAGAAGAGGGCUGCCGAGCAAAUGUCCUGCAUGCAUUUAAAGAGUUAAUAAGGGAGGGCCAAGGAGCCUGAUUUAAAACAGAAUAGGAAAGUCUUUUAAAAUAUCUUUUUUUAAAAAAAUUAAAAUACCUUUAAAAAUCUUUAAAACAUGUAUCUUUUUUUCUUAUUAUAAAAGAUUAAAUGUUUAUUGUAGAAAAUCUGGAAAUGACAAAAAAGUAUAGAAAACAUGAAAACUCAUCUUGAAUCACCCAAGAAACUGUGAACCCGUGUUAACCUUAUGAUCUACCCUUGAUACACACAAACACACACCAGCACGCGUAUUUUCACACUCGACCGAGACCGUCCUACAAAUACAACACUUACCUUUCUUAAUUUCUCUUAAAAUUCCAUAACAAGCAUUUUCCCAUGUCUUCAAAACAUGAAUUUUUACAACUACCUAGCAUUCUUUGGAACGACUAAGCAAUUUAUUUAACAAACUCCUUAUAGGUUAUGUAUAGCACUUAAACCAAUUAAAAUGUACAAGUGUGCCUUAUGGAAUAGAAUAAGAAACCUGCCACCCUGAGCCUCCGUUUUCCCCAUCUCGAAAGUGGGAGAACUCUGCCUUAGCUCAGGUGGCUGGUGUGCUCUUUA